CAACCAGAGCGCACACACGCCAUGAGGAGCCUCUCCUCGCCGUGUGCGCUUUAAACGCGGAUACAGAGGUGAGGCGAGGAGGAGCUCCGGCAAACCACACGCUAAACGGGAGGCUGUUAGACGCACUUGGAUUACCGGCCAGUCAACCGUUGCCGCUCAUAACGGCUACCGAGCGGCGCCCUGCCCUCCGCGUUCCUCUCCUGAGCGCACAGCCGGUCAUUAACCCAUCCUACAAUACUAAUUAAAACAGGAGGCAGACACCUGUGCGAAAACGCGGCGGUAGUAGCGUUUGGUUGAUUUUUAUUGUGCGUUUUUAUCUCCGUGGAAAAAAGCGAAAAGUUUUUCUUUUCUUUUCUUUUUUUUUUAUUAGCCCUGCGUAAAUAGGAGCGCAGCAGCUGGGAGUAGGUCGCUGUGGAAGGACUUCUCUGAGGGAAGGCGCCUCUGAUCCUCCUCAGCAUCUUGAUUCUUUCACUGGGGCUGCAGUCUCUGAAAUCUGUCCAAGUAAGAGAUUUGCCUGUGAGAGGAAGAUAUGAGGUUAGCCGACUCCUUUUGGAUCUUUUGGUUUCUACUGGUGUGCAGGGCAGCAGCAGGCACUGAGCCAAUUUCAAACCCAUCGUUCAGCCCCGGACAGGGCAUUACAGAGGGACAGAGCGAGCAGGCGAUGAGCCAGGGUCAAUACAAAUGUCUUGAGCUGUCCAAGAAAGAUCAACAAGAAAACAGAACCGGUGUGUUCUGUGCUCAUAUGUGGGAUGAUUUGUUGUGCUGGGAGGAGGCACCAGCUGGGACAUCUGUAACACAGAACUGUCCAGAUCAGUCCGACCUGGAAUCAGCUGAAAAAGUGACCAAAUAUUGUGACAUAUCAGGUAACUGGGUCCAGAUUGGCUCCACCUGUAAACCAGCUUUAAAGGACAAAUCAGAGAAGGAAAUCCCUGAUUUGUUAAGAGAUGCUGCAGGAGAGCACACCACAGAGGCCAUGAGGGUCAGCACAGAACAAAAUAUCCUUGAAAAUGAGAAGAAAUGCCUUGAGAAAAUGAAGACUGAUCCACCUUAUAAUAAGUCUGGUUUGUACUGCAGUCGUACCUGGGAUGGCUGGCUGUGCUGGGAUGACACUCCAGCAGAAACAUACGCCUCCCAGAACUGUCCCGAUUAUUUUGUCGACUUUGACUCCACAGAAAAGGCGACUAAAUAUUGCAGAGCAGAUGGCCAAUGGUUUCACCAUCCGGGGAGCAACAAGAUUUGGACCAACUAUACGCUCUGUGCAACCACCCAUGAGAUGAGGCUGAAUAAGCCAAAGAUGCUUGAGAAUGAAUACAAAUGUCUCCUGAAAAUAAACAAAGACCCACCUUUAAACAAAGGAGAACUGCGCUGCAGCCGCAACUGGGAUGGCUGGCUGUGUUGGGACGAGACUCCAGCGGGGAACUUGGUUUCUCAGAACUGCCCUGAUUCUCCUUCUGACCUCGACUCCACUGAAAAGGCAACUAAGUACUGUGGAGAGGAUGGGCAAUGGUUUCGCCAUCCAGAGAGCAACAUGACGUGGACCAACUAUACACUCUGCGCUUUCAACACUAAGGAAAGGUUGAAGGCAGCCGCCCAGUUUUCCAGGGAUGCCGAGGUCGAGUCCACCAACGAGGCGACUGUCAGUCCGCUGGUUAACCGAGAGGAGAAGGAAGUAGUGAGGAAAAAAAUCCUUGACAGCCAGUACAAAUGCUUCGAGAAAAUGAACCGAGAUCCACCUUAUAACAAAUCAGGUUUGCACUGCAGUCGUAACUGGGACGGCUGGCUGUGUUGGGACGACACUCCGGCUGGAACUUACACCUCCCAAAACUGCCCAAACUAUUUCGAUGACUUCGAUCCCACAGAAAAGGCGACUAAGUACUGUGGAGAGGAUGGGCAGUGGUUUCGCCACCCAGACACCAACAGGACUUGGUCCAACUACACACUCUGCAAUGAAAACACUCAGGCAAAGCUGAAGUCAGCAUACAUCCUAUUUUACAUGGCUAUUGUGGGUCAUGCUCUAUCCAUCGCUUCCCUGCUGAUUUCUCUGGCCAUCUUCUUCUACUUCAGGAGCCUGAGCUGCCAAAGGAUCACGCUCCACAAGAACCUCUUCUGCUCCUACGUGCUCAACUCUGCCCUCACCAUCAUCUACCUCGUAGGUGUGGUCAACAAUCCCCACCUGGUGGCCAGGAACCCAGUUGGCUGUAAGGUCUUGCACUUCUUCCACAUGUAUAUGUUGGGCUGCAACUAUUUCUGGAUGCUGUGCGAAGGCAUCUACCUGCACACGCUCAUCGUGGUGGCAGUGUUUGCAGAGGAGCAGCAUCUGCACUGGUACUACCUCCUGGGCUGGGGCUUUCCUCUAGUGCCUGUAUCCAUCCACGCCGUGGCAAGGAGAAAGUAUUUUGAUGACAACUGUUGGAUGAGCGUAGACACCCAUCUGCUCUACGCGGUCCAUGGGCCUAUAGUGGCAGCACUGCUUGUGAACCUCUUCUUCCUGCUAAAUAUUAUAAGAGUGUUGGUUACCAAGUUGAGAGACACGCACCGGGCUGAGUCCAACAUGUACAUGAAGGCAGUGAGAGCCACUCUGAUUCUGGUGCCCCUGCUGGGAAUACAGUUUGUCAUUUUCCCCUGGAGGCCAGAGAACCGGCUCGCUGGCGAAGUCUACGAAUACAUCAUGCACAUUCUCAUGCACUACCAGGGUUUACUGGUGGCAACAAUAUUCUGCUUCUUCAAUGGAGAGGUGCAGGCUGCUCUGAAGAGACAGUGGAUGCAGUAUAAAACCCAGUGGGGUCAGAGGCGAAAGGACCACUGCUCAAUGCGCUCCACGUCCUACACAGCAACGUCCAUCACUGAGGUACCCGCCUUCAUGUACCAUCACGACUGCAACACUGAACACUUGAAUGGACGCCACACGGACGACUCUGAACUUGUGGCACUGAAAUCAGGAGACACAUACGCUUGAGGACAAAGAGUGUUGCAAGGGUUAACAACCGAAGGACAGCAACAGAGCCACGGAAAUGUACAGCCUGGCACAUCCCGGUGAUUAAAUCUCAGAGGCUAAUGCUGGUUAGUGCAGCCCAGGAAGGAUAAUACGGGUCAGGAAAAACAAAGAGCUCAUGGAGACGGAGUUGGAUUAGCUCCGAGGUGGACACUUUUUACGUUUAACUUUACAUUGCUGUUGCAGCUGCUUUUUCAGAACUUUGAUGUCGAGAACUUGUGGUAUGAGACAAGAGCUGCUUUUGACAUGUGUCAAUUUCCUCAAGCUGCUAAACUGCGUGUGCAGGGACGGAGGUUUGCGUGGCGGUGUUUGAGAUGACGGUGCUGACUGUGAUGAAGGUUAUGGCUGGACGUGAGGUGAAUAAUGACUGUGACGAUUAUCAAGGUGAAGUAGAAGAAACAAUCAUUCCUUACCUCACCUAUACCAAAGGGUACUGUUUGUUAGUCAUAGCUAUGAUGGUGCACUAAGUCCAGCUAAACACACGUGAAGCAAAAGACACACACAUCCACAAACUUCACCAACCCAAUCAUACGUGCCAUGGUAGAGGUCCAACAGCAACAGACCCUCUGUGCUUAAAGCUCUGGAACUGUGUACAUAAUAUGUAUGUUCACCAUGUUUCAUUUGAAAACAGUGUUUAAAUGUUUUUUUUAAAGAAGACUUUAUUUUCAUUUCCUAUUAAUGUUUCGUUUCUUGCCGAUUCCUAAGUAUAUGCUUAGUGUACGUCCUGUGAUGCUGCAUUUCCCGACUGCUUUUGUUGUUUUUGCAGUUGCUAUUUUUGUGCCGAAGAUCACAGGACUGAGAAGCAAAAAUGCAAAAAAAAAAAAAGACUUAUUUUGAGGUAAAACAGCCACAAGAGUUGUUUCACUGUGUCAGCUGUGCCAAUGAUUCUGACAAAGAUUUAACUCUCAAUCAUCCUUUGUCUCCUCAUGAUGCCUAUACUGCUUUUAUAAGCAUAAUAUUCUGUUCUUCAUGCGUAUUUAUUCAUUUAUUUUGUAGCCUUUUGUAUGAAUGAGCAUCCAGGGCAGGAGAAUGGCUCCCUAAAGAUGAAAUAUUGAGUUUAUAUCCAAACUGUAUGCACACACUAAAUUAAUUGUCUUAAAGGCACGCUCACACAUCUUUCUCACCAUCUUGCAUCGACAUCAAAUAUAAAUUCAUCUUCUUGUUGUCCUAAACACGAAGAAACCCCUUCAUAUUACUCCACUGUCUUAUCAUUGUUGAUGUGUCUGAAGGGUUCAGAGCGUAGCGUCAGAGUUUUGGUAGAACAUGAAUAAAUUCCAUGGCUUGCAUUUUCCUGUGAAAGUUACUUAAAAGCCCGAUAAGUUUCUAAACUCUGAUGUCUCCAAUUUAAAUUCAGACGGAGCAAAUCAUUUAUAACGCUGGAGCGUAUAACCAAUAGCCAUUAAAGCCUCUGGCUGCUCACACUGUGAUUGGUUUUUGACUGCUUAACAGAAAAUUGGCACUUUCUGCUCUGAGUUUAAUGAAAUUCUUUGUGAAACAUGAGCAUCUUAAAGGAUAAGGCUGGUAGAACACAAAAACAAACAACAACAAUGCAGAAUGUCAAUUUUUGACUUUCCUCUGCACCAGGCUCUUUAUUUUCUAAUGAAGGCAUAAAUCUAAAAACGCAAUCAUUAGUCCACGUUAAUGUAAAUCUGCAAACAUGUCUUCAAAUUAUACAAACAGUUCGAUUUUAAUAAGGGUUGGGUAGUUUUAAAAAAACAUCAAAGUCCCAUAUGUUUUUGAAAAAUGUUACUCAAAGAGGCAGAAGUAGUGCAUUUGUUAUUUGUCCUUUAAUGCAUAUUUGGGAUUUGUUGAAAUCAUUCUUUGAAUCUACCUUAAGAUCCUUGCUGAGACUUGGUUGCAUUUUUACUGUCAGACUCACUACAGUUUGUCUACACAGUGCUGCUGUUAUUACAUGCUGAAUGUCUGGUAUUCAUGUGUGCGCUGCAGCUGGAUAACUCUUGUAUAAGAUAUUAGAGGGUUACAAUACAGUACAGAACUGUUGAAAAUGUACACUUCCUAUGGACAUUUAUAGUGAAGCUCAGACAGAAUUUACACAUUUAACCACACAGAAUAUGAUGAUAUUUACAUUAUGCACAUAUUCAUAUUGUAAGAACUGUAAUACUUAUGAAUAAUCAUUAAAUUGUAAACAUGUACUUCCUGUAAAAGUCAGAUAAUCUGGUCAAUAUAGUCUUUGCAAAGAGAUAUUGGAGAUUUAUCCAAGUAGGAAUCUGAAGGCCCACCACUGCAGACUAAUUUAAUGUCAUUAAUAAAGUCAUCAAACCCAAUCGCAUCGAUCAUAUCAUUGAAGUCAGAGAUGCAGCUCUUCACUAGCCGCCAUGGUGCAGUUUAGCAAAAUAACAUUUGUGAGCUGCAUAAGCUGAAUGCAGUGAAUCUUGGCUCCAUUUAUUCUUGCUGCAGUUCCCCGUAGAAUAAAAUCCACCAACCUGUUGCAGUAACGCAUAUCAGUGACAUUUUUUUGGGUUUGUUUAUUGUGUGUCAGGUUUAAGAAAAGAACAGAGAGUGACAAUCAUGAUGGCAGAAGGUUUUAAUGCUACAAAUGAGAAAUUAAAAAAAAAAUGUAUAUUUAUUUUAGUAUGAAAUUCACCAUUCAUCUUCAUUACGGAGAUUGGUCUUGGAUCUGGUGCACACUGUAAGACGUAUUAUGAGUCUUGUGCGUCCUGGAUUCUAAAUAUUUUAUAUGUCGGUAGCCAUGUACAUACAAGCAGACACUGUGUACAUAAUAGAUUUUUGCACUGUGAAAUAAUCUGACUAUUUUUGUUACCUUCCUGUCAUUGAUUUUGCCUUGUGUUUGUCUCUUUCUCCCUCUCAGCUUGGACUUGGCAUCAUCUCAAAAGCUGAUAAAAACUGCAUUUUGUUAAAGCCAAA